GUCUACUGACGCUGCCAAGUCGAGCCCCCUACCCAGAGAUGAUGGCUAUAAAAAGGGCUCGUAGAGGGUAAGACUUCUCUCGCAAAGAGCAACGAUCAUGCGCUUCCUUCUCGUUACGCUUCUCGCUAUGGCCAGCUCGACAGCCGUCUUGGGCGCAAGCAUGUAUGAACCCCGCCAAGCCGAUUGCAGCUCCUAUGGCGAAUACGAAGAGUACACGGGUCCUUGCGAGACAUCGAACUGCGGGGCGUCCGGAACGGUCUGUCGCAACGGACAGGGCUGUGUGGUUUUUCCCUCAUUCGCAUGCCCAGCAAAGGGCUGUGCCUGCACAUCGUACUAAAGUCGCCACUUUGCUUUGCUUUGUCGCACUAUGCCAUAGAUAGUAAUUGAUUUGCAUCUUUUAUUGACGGA